CGGUGACCAUGCAGCACACGUCCUGCACCGAGGACCGGAUCCAGCACGCUCUGGACAGGUGUCUGGACGGGCUGAGACAAAGCCCCACGGCAGCGCACCACUGGAAUGUCCUGAUGUGCUCAGCGGGUCAGUCGAUGAACCGUUGGAGCUUGGAGGAGAUGGUGAAGAGAGACCCUGAAAACUCCCUCAUCCUUUUGCAACARAUCAUCACAAAGACGAGAGAGGUUCAGGAGCAGUGUCAGUAUGAGCUGGUGGUUCCUCUGGCCGUCAUGUUYACCUCCACUCUGCUGCAGAUGCCGUACUGUCCACCGAGCACAGAGCUACUGGAGGAAGCCAUGACGGUGUUUUACCGAUUCCUCACGUGGCCCGAGCCGUACUGCAGCGUGUGCAGGGAGCUCCUCUCCACACUACAGCUGGAGAUCAAGGCUCCUGGAAUUUCCUUUCAGAGGCUGGUUAGAGAAGAGCAGGGCCUCAACACAGCCAACCAGGGCUCUAAAAUAAUGCGAGAACUGUAAAAACCUUGGAAGAAAUUUUCUGUGCGGUGAGCGACAUUUUGGAGACAGCCGCUUUAAUGAGCGACCCGCUGAAUGCACGCAGUCACRUCAUCCAGGAACUGGAGAUUCUGCGAAAGUCUCUGAAAAUCUCCUCAUCUAAUGGGAGGGAGUCUGACAGAAUGUUACAGACGUUACCUUUGCCUACAGCCAAAACUUACAUGUUUCACUGGGAAAAGGAUAAUUUUGAUGUUCUCAACACGCUUUUGGAGCAAGAACCUGAUGAUUUGGUCACUAACGGGCAGCCUCUGGAGGAGAGGGAGGUCGAGUUUGUCGAUGACGAAGAUGAUGAGGUAGAGAAAGAGGAGGAGGGGCACGGAGUGGUAUCGGCCUCCAUCGUCCACGAUGGCUACAACRGCAACCAUCGUGCUUCCACCUUCUCCACCAUCUCCUCCACCUCUAAAGACUCCAUGUUUUCCACCCUGUCAGGGGCCUCAGAGUCCUACUCCCCGUCCCUUUUCUCUGUCGCCUCCGGAGUGGACAGCGACUACUUCGAAGAUUCUGACGACUACAUCAGCUCCUCUCCGGUGGCAGAGAAAUGUUCCCUGAGGUCCGGUAAAGUCUCAUCUCGUCUCAGCCAGCACUUCUACCGGAUCUUUCCCAAACCCAAGCAACCGCGGACAAUUUACCGAGCCAAGAGCUUGUGUAACUCUGAAUCAAAGGAGCCCAUAUUGGGGCGAGAAACUCGUUCCAACUCACUGCCCCAGCAGGUCAAGUUAUUUAGUCCUGAACCCUUACCUAAGCUACAAACUCAAUCUCUYCGACAUGUCUGCUUUCGAAGGAGGCCUAUUCUGAGCAGUGAUGAGGACAGUAAGAACAUCACGCUCAGGGUGGUGGUGUUUGGUGCUGAUCACGUGGCAGGGAAGGUGGCCCGAGCCUACAGCAGCCUGAGGAUGAAGGAGAGUACAUCUCCAUGUCUUACCAGAGUCUUUAAACUUGAGUUCUACUUUGUGCCUGUCAAGAGGGACUUAGCACUAGGACAUCGAAGGCCUUCUGUUCCUUUGAUACAAACUGGAUCUCCGAAAGGAGCAACCCUGUCUUGUGAUCAGAACCAUGUGGGCACAGGUGACAGCACAAAUGACAUUGCACACCUACUGGGCAUGUUGGACCCGUGGUACGAAAGAAAUACCCUGAGCCUGCUCAAGCUUCCCGCCAGUGUCGUCUGCCAGCAAACCUCAAAAACAGAGUCUGAGUCCUACGAUAGUUCAUAUGAGCAGCGUCUUCCCAUCCUGGCUGACUUGGUGUUGUACUACUGCCGCUUUGCUGCUCGGCCCGCUCUGAUCCAGCUUUAUCAGGCUGAGUUGACAUUGGCCAGCGGAGAGAGAAGAACUGAGGUGUUCAUCCACUCCCUGGAGUUGGGUCACACCGCAGGAACACGAGCCAUUAAAGCCAUGGGUGCAGCGAGUAAACGGUUCGGCAUUGAUGGAGACAGAGAAGCUGUGCCUCUCAUGCUGGAGAUGGUGUACAACAGAGUGGUUAUUAGUGGGAGAAGUCAGUGGAAGAGAGAAACCAAAGUUUGCACUUCAGUCAACUUCAGCAAAGCGUGCAAGAACCCUGAGGAGCUCGACUCAAAGAUGGAGUGCCUGCAGCUCACCAUGACCGAGGUCCUGAAGAGACAAAACUGCAAAAGCAAGAAGGGCUACAAUCAGCAACUGACUGUAACGGAGGUGAAGGUGGACAAAGUGCAGGUCAGUGGGACCACAAACACAACAUUUGCUGUGUGUUUGGACCAGGAUGAGAAGAAGAUACUACAAAGUGUCAAAAGGUGUGACGUAUCAGUCUGCUACAAACCUGACAGCUCCACUGACUGGAGGUUGAGAAAAUGUCAGACUUCCGCUCAGAUUCAGCCUCUGAACCCUACCUUCUGCUCCCUCCUCUGCCUGCCCGUCGUCACCUUCAGCGGGGCUCUUCCCUGAGAUCCCUCCUCCCUGGUUUUUAUGGACUCAAAACGUUUAGCACUGAUGUUGUAAAUGUUGCACAAAUUGCAGAGGAAGACAGUCUGCACACGGUGCAGGACUUGAACAACGGUGCAAUGCAACUUUUGGAAACCUGAAUACUUCAUGCAGAAACUCGGCUCUGGCUGCAUUCAAAUCAGUUAAGACAUGGGAAACCAAGAAUGACUUCAGACAAAAAAAAAAAACCUCUGCUAUACAGUUGUUUAACACAAAGCAAUAUUUUGUUCAAAUGAAGGAAACUAUUUCAAUUUUCAUUCUUCAGGUUUCAGCUCCUCUUUUUGUGUUUGCAGACAGAACUGACUUUAACCUCAGUCAUGCUAGAGUGUCUUCUAGCUAUUUGUGAUUUGAGUGUAUAAAUAUGCUGGUUCAGGGUCCUAGGAAGAGAAUAUGAAAUUUCUUUUAAUACAUAUUAUUUUUUCUCCUUUUUUUGGCCUCAAGCUGUCGCCAAAAACUCCUCAGCUUCAAUAAGAGUGAAAACCUGAGACUAUCUGAGAAUGCACACUAUAAAUAUACAGUUUGUACAUGUUUUGCUUUAAAGAUAAGUUUUUGUAAACUAUACAUUUUAAACAGCAACAUUUUUAUGCCUUUUAUAAUGGAAUGUUUUUAGUUAAAACGCAAUAAUAAAUAUGACCAGCAGGGAGCGAUGUUGACUUUUCAAUAUACUACUUUGAGCGCACAUUAGGACAGUUUUGACUUGUUCAAACUUGUCUGUUUAAUUGUUGUAAUAUAUGUUAUAAAUAACCUAAUCAUUAUUUCUCAAAUGACACAGAUUAUAUUAUGGUGCUGUAAAAUGCAUGCAGAUGUACAUCCUCCCAUGUUACUGAUUUAUUGCACUUUCUGAUGUAAAAAAAAGACAUGAAAAGAAAUUUUGUAUUUUUAUUUUUGUAAAUAAAUAAAGUCCUAAUUACUUGAUUGAAAAUAACGUUGCAGUUUGGCACAAUAAAUCAGGUUCAGUAACCUGAACAUUGAACCAGGUACAUUUAAUUUUUGUUUAUUUUAUGUAAACACCUGACAUCACUGCCUUUAUCUUUUCUACAGUGAUACUGAAAAUGUUAAAAUCUGAUUAUUAAAAUGUAUAUAAUAUCUUCAAUGCAAUGAAUUUUUUAUGAGACCAGAUCCCAACAGGGUAUAAUAUAAGACGUAAUCAAUGGUAAAAAUUAAAGCAUUCCUUGAUUUAAAAA